AUGGCUUAGAAGACAGAUUUUACUAAUGUUGUCGAAAGACCCAACUUCCCUGAAGAGGAAGUCAGAAUCCUAAAAUAUUGGGAAUAGAUCAAUGCUUUUCAUAAAUAAUUGGAAUUGACAAAAGAUUUUCCACGAUUUACAUUUUAUGAUGGACCACCUUUUGCUACUGGAUUACCUCAUUAUGGCCAUAUGUGUGCUGGUACUAUUAAAGAUGUAGUAUGCAGGUAUUUUGCAAUGAAUGGGAGAUAUGUGGAGAGAAGAUUCGGAUGGGAUUGUCAUGGAUUGCCAGUUGAACAUGAAAUUGAUAAAACUCUUAAAAUUUAACACAGAGGUGAUAUUUUAAAGAUGGGUAUUGAUAAAUACAACCAUGAAUGCAGAUCAAUAGUCAUGAGAUAUGCAUCUGAAUGGAGAAGAAUAAUAGGAAGAACAGGUAGAUGGAUCGAUUUUGAUAAUGAUUACAAAACAUUGGAUACACCCUUUAUGGAAAGUGUUUGGUGGGUCUUCAAACAAAUGUGGGAGAAAGGCUUAGUAUAUAGAGGAUGCAAAGUCAUGCCAUAUUCUAAUGGGUGUUCCACAGUUCUAAGCAACUUCGAGACCUAAUAGAAUUAUAAGAAUGUGUGGGAUCCUGCUAUUGUUGUGACUUUCCCAUUGGUUAAAGACGAGACGACCAAAUUCGUUGCUUGGACAACAACUCCAUGGACAUUGCCUAGUAAUUUAGCCUUAGCUGUUCAUCCAGAUUUAGUUUAUGUGAAAUUGCUUGAUAAAGCAUCUAAUACUCAUUACAUCUUAGCAGAGUCAAGAAUUGUUGAGUUGUAUACUGAUGCUAAGUUGUAUGAGGUUGUGGAGAAAUUCAAAGGUUCUGAAUUAGUUGGAACUGAAUACGUUCCAUUAUUCAAUUACUUUUUGGAAAGAAAAGAAUAAGGAUGCUAUAGAGUUUUGGCUGCCAAUUUCGUUACUAGUGAUGAUGGUACUGGUAUAGUACAUUGUGCUCCUGGUUUUGGUGAUGACGAUUACAAAGCAUGUUUAAAGGCUGGCAUCAUUGUUCCAUCCGAUCCUUUGGUACCCAUUGAUUCUAGUGGAAGAUUCUUGGAGUCAGUCAAAGAUUUCUCAGGAAUGUAAGUCAAGGAUGCAGAUAAGGAAAUUAGAAAGCUACUUAAAACUAAUGGAAGAUUGAUUAAGGAUGGAUAAGUUCAACAUAAUUAUCCUUAUUGUUGGAGAUCUUAAACUCCAUUAAUAUAUAAGGCUGUUAACUGUUGGUUUAUUAAGGUUACAUCAAUUAAGGAUAAACUUGUUGUUAACAAUAAGAAGGCUAGAUGGGUACCAUAAUCAAUUCAAGAUGGAAGAUUUAACAAUUGGUUAGAUGAUGCCUAAGAUUGGUGUUUCAGUAGAAAUAGAUUCUGGGGUAAUCCUAUUCCAAUUUGGGUCAGUGACGAUUUUGAAGAAUCAGUAUGCAUUGGAUCUAUUGAAGAAUUGAGGUAACUUUCUGGAGUUGAAAAUAUCACAGAUCUCCAUAGAGAAUACAUUGAUCAUAUUACAAUUCCAAGUAAAUAAGGAAAGGGUGUAUUGAGAAGAAUUGAAGAAGUCUUUGAUUGUUGGUUUGAGAGUGGAUCUAUGCCUUUUGCUUAAUAACAUUAUCCAUUUGAAAGAAAAGAGUUAUUCGAAACUAUCUUCCCAGCUGACUUCAUUGCUGAAGGAUUAGAUUAAACAAGAGGGUGGUUCUAUACCUUGAAUGUUAUUGCAACAGCUUUACGUGAUGAUACACCUUACAAGAAUUUAAUUGUCAAUGGAAUUGUGUUGAAUGACAAAGGUGAAAAGAUGUCAAAAAGUAAAAAGAACUAUCCAGAUCCUGAAAUUGAAAUCAUUAAUCAAUUCGGAGCUGAUGCUAUGAGAUUGUACCUCAUUAAUAGUGGAUUGGUUAAGGCUCAAUCAUUGAAUUUCAGCAAAGAUGGAGUUUAAGAAGUCAUUAAGAACGUAUUUUUACCAUGGUACAAUGCUUAUAGAUUUUUGAUUCAAAAUUUACAAAGGUAUGAAAGUGUAAUUGGCAAAUUUGAAUUUGAUGAAAAUGCAAUAACGAAAGGUGACAACAUUAUGGAUAAGUGGAUUGUAUCAAGCAGUCAAACUUUGGUUGAAUUUGUUAGAACUGAGAUGGAAGCUUACAGACUCUACACAAUUGUGCCUAGAUUGAUUAGCUAUUUAGAUAUAUUGACUAACUGGUAUGUUAGAUUGAAUAGAAGUAGAAUCAAGGGAGAUUAAGGAAAUCAAGAAUGGGUUGUUAGUUUAAAUGUGCUUUUUGAUGUGCUCUUAAAAAUCACUCUUUUGAUGUCACCAUAUGUCCCAUUCAUUACAGAAUCAUUCUAUCAAAAUCUCAAGAAAUGCAUUCCUUAAGGUAAAAAUUAUCAAGAAUCAAUUCAUUUCCUUCAAAUCCCUGAAGCGAAAAAGGAAUUGAUUGAUCCUAAAAUUGAAUCUCAAGUUGAAAAAAUGCAAAUAGUUGUUGAAUCUGCUAGAAAAUUAAGAGAAGCACAUAAACUAAGUCUAAAAUAACCAGUUAAUAGUUUGACAAUCUUGGCAACAGAUGAAUAGUUACUUUAAAGUGUUCAAUUCUUAUCUAAAUACAUCGAAGAAGAAAUCAAUACACCUUCUGUCUUAGUUGAAAAGAAUAUUGAUCAAUACAUUCAACUCAAGGCUGAACCAGACAAUAAGAUUUGUGGAUAAGAACUGAAAGAUAAAUUUGGACCAGAUCUAAUUUAAUAAGUUCGUAAUUUCUCUCAAGAAUAGAUCCGUACACUCAAAACUGAUGGUAAAUUGUAACUCAAAGUCAAAGUAAAGAAAGAGAAGAAGGUUGAAGAAUAAGUGUAAUAAUAACCAGAUCCUAAAGCUAAAAAGGGUAAAAAGAAUGUGGAAUAUAUUGAAGUAGAAUUGGAUUGCGAAUUAUUAUUAAAGCAUGUUAAAAUAACUGAUUAAUUCAAUACUGAAAAACAUAAAUAGUUGUUGUUUGCCACUGAAGAUGGAUUCUCUAUUAUUAUUGAUCCAUCGUAAACUCAAGAACUCAAAAAUCUUGGAUUGGCAAGAGAAUUCACAAAUAGAAUUUAAAAAUUAAGAAAGAAGCUUGGCUUAUAAUAAGAGGAUAAAAUCCUUAUCUUCUAUUAAUUUGAAGCUGAAUCUGAAUUAUCAAAUGCAGUUCAAUCUGGUAUUACAUGGAUCAGAAAUUAAAUUAAGAAACCAAUAUUCUCAUCUGAUUAAAAACAUUAAUUCUUACAUGUAAUUGGCAAAGAGGAUACUGAUGUAGAUAACCAUAAAUUUAGUAUUGUGAUCACUAAAAAUUCUCCUGUCUUUAAUAAAUAAAAAUUGUUGGAAUCUUUUAAUGAAAAGGAGGUUGAUACCAUCAUAAGAACAUUAGUAGUCUUACCAAAUUUACAAUAAAACAUAGAAUUUACAUUGGACGGGAAAAAAGUUACCCUGGGCCCUGAACAUUAUACAAUAUCAUAAUGAGUAUGAUAAAUCUAAAAUUUAUUAAUAUUCGAAUUAA